AUGGAGGGUGUGGUGGUCGAAGAAGGUCACUCGGAAUCGUCAAGCCAGGCCAUCCCAGCCACGUCCGAGCCGGGCACUAGUGGCAGAGGUGGGGCAAUUCCACCAGCCGUGUCACCUGUGCCAAGUGCCGUUCCGGCUGCCGCACCACGGGUGCAGGCGCGUCCAAGGUGCAACGCUCACACAGUAUGUCUACUAUGCUUUGUUGUUGCAGCAGGCAAGCUCCAGCGAAGAAGAGGCCGCUGCCGCCCGUGUGCCUCUCCCGACAGCGCCACCCCAAGAGAGUCCGUGGGCACAGAGCCGGGGACGAGCGGCACUGCACGACCAUCAACUCAGCAGCAGCCCCGCAGACCACGUCGGCAGCAGCAGCCACUAGAAGAUGCGGCCUGCAGGGCAGCAUCGGAAUACGCGAGGCAGGGGCAGCUGGCGGAGGCUGCAAACGUGGAGGCUGUCACCUUACACCAGAUGCUCCUUGAUCAAAACAGACAGCAUCAUCAACAACUGGUGGAGGAGCUGAGGGCCUCCCGCGUGGUGCAGCAGCAGCUGGCGGUGGAGAUGAGGGGUAUGCGGGAGGCGACUGCCCUCAUCGCAACCAUCUUGCACCAGCUCGUAGCUGCUCUCGCCCAUGGCCUUCGCGAGCCGCCUCAGCCGUAG